UUUUGGCCAAUACCAUGCAAUGACAAGAAUGCCCUUGGUUUACCCCGCUCAUCCCCUCUUCCAAAUUACCAGACCUCUCCGAUUGUCGUCGAUGGCGGCGGAAGCCCACACGAAUUCUUCCCAACUUCAGCCGGAAAACGCCCCCAAAACACUUGCCGAUUACCCUGUCCCACUCUCCCCUCCGCCACCGCUUCUAUCCAAGAACGUCGAGCUGAAUAGGGCUUUAACCGCAUCCUCCAAAUCUGUCAUCUUUACUCUCUCUAGGAAUGAUGUACUCUUCGAAGAUGAGUGGCUCAUUGCUGUCAAUAAGCCUCAAGGGAUUUAUUGCGAAUCCAUUUUGUCUUCAGUUAGGAGUCUUCUCAACCCUAAUCAAGAGGAGAUAGGGAAGUUGCAAGAAUUCCAUCUAUCUAAUCGGCUAGACCGUGAUACGAGUGGUGUGACGGUCGUAACAAAGUCUCAUAAAGUGGCGGCCAAGCUUGUGAAAGCGUUUACUGAUCACAUGGUCAAGAAGACUUACCUUGCGCUGUGUGUUGGUUCUGUUCCGAAAUGGGAUAAGAUCGUUGUAAAAUCUGGCCAUGGUCGAUCAAAGCAUGGAGCCUGGCGCAUCUAUGCUGUUUCUGAUGUGGGCCGGACACUUCCUGGCGGAUCAUGCAUUCGAGAUAUGGAAACACUUGUUGAAGUUUUAUCAGUAGACGGGAAAGGCUGCUCACAAGAGUCUCUUGGAUCGGGAAAACACGAAGAAAAUACCAUUGUUGUUAAGGAAAAAUCGGAAAUUACAUCUUGUACUGAGAAAUCAGAGGUUCUUGUUAGAGCGUAUCCUAGAAGUGGAAGAACGCACCAGAUUCGUCUGCAUUGCCAGUAUCUUGGAAUUCCAAUUAGAGGGGAUGUGAAAUACGAAGGUGUCUAUGAAUGGAAGGAUAGAAUCUAUGAAGGACAUGAACUUCAUGCAGAAAGCUUGUCUUUUGAACAUCCUGUAACAGGUCAUUCAGUUUUGAUUCGGGCACCUUUGCCCUUGUGGGCUAGCAAAGCACUAUCAAAAGUAUAUUCGUAGUAGCAUUAUGUUUGGUUCGAUAACGAAAUCAAGUUCUUGUUUUCAUCUUAGUUUACCUACUUGCAUUUACCUGCCCUUGUCUCCGGGUUGAGGGCAAUUAGAUGAAAUUGUUUAGAUGAAUUCUGUUAGUAUCUCCAACUUAUUUCAGUUUCUUCCUGGC